AUGUCAAAAAUAUUAUCAGCGAGCAACGAAACUCGCGUAUGGACUACAAGCUUCCUCGCCAAAAACACUUUGAUCGGUCCUUUGCAAGGAAGCGUAGCCGAAUUGGUUGAGAGAGUUCAGUUUUUACAUACUCCUUCGGCAAAAUUCAAGGUAAGCACUCCGUAAUCAAUAUUUGUUGUAAUAUUUCGCUGCAGUUUUAUAGUAUUUUUACGGUGUAAUGCAGACUAAAAGAUAUUAGGAAGCGGCCUCCGCGCUUUUCCGUGGAUUGGCGCCUGUGAUUUCAAUAGCUUUAAUUUUCUUUUUCACUUCAAUCGAUUAAAAAGUCGACACAAGGAGUACAUGUAAAGAAAAUUCCCUCUGAUAUGAGUUAAUCUAUGGGUUUUUAUUCAGAGUUAUUGGUAUAUUAUAUAGUAUUAUUAUAAUAGCAGAACAGGAUAAAGAAAAGUCUUAGACAAGAUAAAGACACAAAUGUCGGGGUAAUUUUCCAUCUAAGAAAAGUCGGUUCUCUUGAAAGGUUUCAUUUAGUGCACCACGAAAGAUCUUCAUCUUAAAUUGAAACCACCAAAAAUAUGCUAAAAUAGUGGAAUUAGCGUCAAAGCUGAGAGUGCAAUGCAAAGCCUUUACAAAUCACCAUUAAAGUUAACGAUCAGGAAGAAAGUGAAUAAAAUCGAAUUGCAUACAUUGAUUUUUUUCUUCCGUGAAUGAGUGUCCAAUUUAGUCUUUCUUACUUUAUACAACUUGCGCUAACUUUUAGUUCUAAACAGGUUUCGAGUUGAACUAGAAUAUGAAUUAAAGUUUGGAAAGAAAAAUCGAUCAUGCCAGUCGAAUUGCAGAUAUCAAAAUCACUCGAAAAGCUUCAAAAGUAGAACAAUGGCGCCGAAUUUACGAAUUUUAAAAUGACUAUUUUGUGGUUCCUGAUUAUUCCAAGGGUAUUCUAAAAUGAUUUAACUAUGAAUUUUAUGGAACUUUCUCGGUAAGGUUUUAGCCUCCAAAAAUACUUAGGCUAUUUUGACCUCUAGUUGAAUAAAGCUCAAACUUAGACCCAGAAUUGAGUUAUUCUGAUCAAUUAAUUCCGUGGUAUUUCAUUAACAGAAAACGUUUUCGUUUUCAAAUGAAUUUCUAUGAUUCAUUUAAGAUUCAAAGCUGUUAUACAUUUUAUUUUAAACUUAACUGCUCAACUUACGACGAAGGAUUUUCUGUCGGCCGCGAAGUCAUUCACAUCAGCUUAUUUCACGUUGUUAGACACAUCUUUCCUACCACCACUGAAGAGAACACUGAGCAGUGUAAUUACCUGAGAGAAAUCAUUAGCAAAAUAAUUAAAUGUUGGCAAAAAAAAUUUAUAAAUCUAACAACUUAAAAAGGGUAAGGCCCUGGGAGAGAAGGUCUACUUCUACAUUUUUCUUGAUCACAUUAAUUUAAAUCAAUUUAAUCGCUUUUCUUUAGUAAGUCCUACAAAAAUCGUUUUUGUAACAAGGAUGGGAAAAAAAUUAAUUUUUAAGUUUUAUUGAGAAAGGCAGCUAUUUGUAAUCUCCGGUUGGGUUUCACGCUACUGAAGUAGAGAUCACUGAAGGCAGAUUUCGAUGGGAUUCUCAUCUUUCCAUUGAAUGGAAAAGCUACAACAAAAAAGUGCGUUUUUGAUGGAAAGGUAAUUGUUAAUGGAUUUACUUGCUUGUGUGGAAUAAUCCUUAUAAAAGGGUUGGGAAAUGAUCUGCAGUCAGAGAGGGGUAUGGGCUAGAUAAGAAAUUGAUUUAAACUUCAUAGUUUCAGCUCCUUGAAAUCAAACUACUUCUGCUUUUCAUAGGACUGAAAUUUAAUAGCAGCCGUCUCAGUGAAAUGUUUGAUUUAAAAAUGUCUAUCCAAGCUGCUUCACUUAACAUCGGAAAUAGAUUUUAGAUGAAAGAUAGUUUACUAAAGAAAAUUCCGCCGAAAUAAUUUACGAACAAAAAAACCAUCCCGGGGUUUGAUUUAACCCCUAGAGGGCUUGAUGAAAUCAGAAAGUCACUAAACAACCGUUUAGGGAAAGGGUGCAUUUUUGACCUUCGCGCAUUUCUAACAAAUUCAGUUUUUUUGUAAUUUAUUUCCUCGGAGAACUUUUACAAAGCAAACAGCUCCGAAAGCAAAUAUUACCCGAGAAGUGCGCCUUCCUCACAAAUAUUUACAAACACUUAAGCUGUACGUGUUAUCAUUCACCAUGUCAAUGUUGCAAUUAGCUCACAUCCCCGAUCAAUGCUUAACUAUUUAAAGACUGGUCCAUUUUUUCAGAAGCGCCGCACACCUUGGAGAAUAAGCGAUUUUUUCAUUGAAGACUUCAUCUUUUUGAAUCACUAAUCAACUAACAAAAUUAACGCAUAAUAUCGAAAUUUUACAUUAAGUAAAGUGUGGUUUUAAAUCAAAUGCACGAUGGCUCUGUGUGUGUUAAUGAGCUUUGUGACAAAUUCAAACAGUGUACAUACUUCAAUUCAACUUCAAAACAUAUGGGUAGUUCUCAUAGGCCGGUGUUAAUAGCCUUAACCGAGAAAGUGUGGUUUUUUUUUUCUUGUUUCAAAACACUUUUUUGUGAGAAGAGUAUGUUUCUUGCGCAGAAAUAUAAUCCAGAAAUAAAUGCACAGGAAAAGGGCCCAACUAGUUGGAAACUUUUCCUGAUAUUCUAAGCAAUUUAAAUGGUUUGUUGUUUUUGGCGCUUUUAGCUAAUACAGGUGUCACAGCUAAGGUUACUGAACGACUCAGCACUUCGUAUACCUUCAGUGAAGUCUCCAUUUGAAAUGUUUUUUUCAAACCAUAACCAGUCAAUUAACGAGUAAAAAGAAAAGAUUUCUUAACCACAAAUAAAUUAAGAAAUAUUAUAGAAAGUAAUGUUUUGUGAAAUGAAAAACAGUAGAAAUUUAUCUCAAGAACAAAGACAAACAAAAACACAUUUGCUUCCAAUCGUGUCAGCAAUGAGAGGGAUUUACUUUGCUCCGCGAUCUGCAGCUUUUCCCUAUGAACUUGUGACCUCGUCCCUCAUAACAGAGUCUUGGGUCAAAAAAGACAUUUGCCUCGAGUGUCAAAGGAAUAUUUUUGAUGACAUCUCACGGCGUAGUGUUUGGGAAUCAAACAUUUGGCGUUUCUUGACACUGCAUUAGAGGGCGGAUUUUUACAACAAUGUAUAAAAGCAUUUUUCACUUAAAACAAUGAGUAUUUUUGAGUGGCUGUCAUUUCUAGACCUCACUUAGCCCCCACUUAACUCUACCGAGCUAUUGUUUUGCGCAAUUAAAAUGAAGAAGUUCUAAAACUUCCAAGUUAUGUAACAGCCGUGUAAAUUGAAGAUUCUCCCGGAUAGUUAAGACUGCAUGGAAGGUAAAAACUGAAAAAUCAUUUUGUUUAAGCGUUGAUCAGCGAAAAAGCUCUGUCUUUUCAACUCGUCUGAGUUCCCCUCACUCGAAUGUGACCAAAAGACGAGGUGGAAAUGCUAUUUUAUAAAAGCUGGAAUUAGUAGACCUCUGUGGAACAACCAAAUUCAUUUGAAACGUUUUUAUAGGUAGAGUCUGAUAAAGGCAAACACAGCAACUUAUUUAGCCAAAACAAUGCGCCAAAUAUUAGUUCAAGUUAAAAUUGUAGCGUUUUGUGAAGUCUGCCUAAACAGAUAUUAUAUGUUACCUUGCAUGGGUGUAAUUUGGUUCAAUUUACGCCAUUGUCUCGAGAGUCUUUUGAGAGGUGAGCUUGGGCGCACAUCCGAACAGUGGCUUACGUGAGUUGUUCUCCAAUGCAACAGGAGAAAAGUGAGAUGAAUCUUACCAUGUAACCAACUUUUCGAUACCAUGAUAUCUUAAGAACUCAACUGAGAUCUUGUAAAAGGAAAGCCAUUGUUAUAGAUUUCAAACUUGUUUGUGAAUGAACUUCUUUUUUCGAAAAACUUACGGAACAUCGUUUUAGAUAUGUCCUCUUAAAGCGAAGGUAAUUCACUCAUGAAAUGUUAAAAAGUACACUAUUUUUCCGGAUAGCUCGAAAAACCAUAUUCAAUCUUUUCCUCAGCCGGAGCCAUUCUUAGUUACCUAUUGCUUCCAUCAUUGCUAUGAAUUUCUUGCAUGUGUUAGUCUGCUUCUUUAAGGUUUAGGGACCAUUCAUCUCUCUUACGUUUCCAAGUCAAAGGCGUGCCGCUCGCUGUCUUCACUUCCUUCAGCACUGAAAAACACCUUCAUUUUUAUGGUUGACUUUUAAGUUUACAAAAGAUAUCUUAUGUUAGAAGCUGAAGGUUUAGCCGCAGGCAAGUUUUCAUUCGUUAGUUUAGGAUGCGAAUAACAAAUGCAAAAUUGUAUUCACUGGAAUAGCACGCAGUAUUAGUCAAUAAAAUAAAAAAGUCACUUGAGCUAAUAUUUCUAAUAAAUUGGGCAAGAAUACUCUACAUGAAUUUCCGGAUAAAUUAAUUUACGACAGCCCGAUUGGAUCAUUGAGCCUCGAGCAUGAAAAAAAUAUAUAUUCUUGAGUAUUUUAAUACUUUUAAGAAAAGAAUAGGCAUUAUCUAUGUUUCGUUGUUGAAGACCAUGGCAAUGUUUCGGGACAGAAAAAUCCACGCUUGACAACAGAAAUCAUAGCUUACGAUGCAAUUAAUUCCUUGUCGGAAAAAUAACGCUGUCUUUUCUUUGCUUUUGAAAAGACCGCAGACAGAGGAAACGUCAUCGAACACGAUUUGUCGCUCGGCGACUUUUCGUGGAUGUCUGCUGUGAAUCCGGCACGUUCCGAAAAGGAGCAGAACCUGCAAGUGAUACGAUCUCCAGACGAUGAUAAAAUAUAUUUCCGAACAACAAGAGACAUAUUGUCUGGCGAAGAGUUUCGAGUGUGGCUGGCUCCUUCUUUAGAGGAGGAACGUGGACUGCAGAACGUUGAAAAGGAGGAAUUUGAAGGUUAAUAACUUUGCUUCUUUAAUAUUCCCAUUACUUUCCCUCCUCUCUUAUGCGAGGAAAAGAUUUCUCUCAAGAAAGUGUUUCCUUGAAGAGAGCAAGGGAAGUAUUAGUUAGUUUGAAUCCGUAAAGCGGGGGUUAUCAGCUGGUUUAAUCGGGUUGACAGGACAUGCCGGGAAGGGCUUUGACGCCGGAAGAAGGAGCCACAUGUUAAUUGAAUGUACAUAAAAUAACGGAAGAUUGAGCUAAGAAGUUCAAUUUACCUCCCUCCCCAAGUUGUAGGGCUCAUUCAAAUGAAAUUUAGUUUCUUAUAGACCUGAGAUGUCAGUCUGGUCUCCCGGAGGCUGAAUGUUUCACGUCAACUUAAAUGUUUUCCUGGCGAACGAGUAUAAACGUCACAUGGAAUGUACACCUCUGCAACGUACAUCGCACAUAGUUGCAUGCAUAAAAAGCUGAACCACAGCCGCAGGCAGCUAUGCAAGCUCUAUUUUCUUAACAAUGUGAACUCGAGCAGUGCUUUUCAUGCAUGGCCAAAGAGGUCUUUGUAUCCUUUCGAUUAUUCGUUUAUUUCCUUGCCCUUGAUAACUCAUAAUUUUGUUUUUAGGUUCAAGUCAUUGAGAAUCAAGUUUAUUUUAAAGUAAACAUAUUUUCUGACGUGAGUCAAUCAAUCUUGCAGAUAGUCGAUGGACCUGCGAUAACUGUAAAAAGAUCUUUCGAUGUUCUCAAGCUCUUUCCGUUCAUCAAACCUAUAAAUGCAAGGAACUGGGUUCCAACAUCACCUUACGGAGAGAAAACAGUGCGAAGAGUGUGGACAGCGAGGAUGAUGAAGAUUUAGAGGAAGAGGAAGAAGAAGAGGAAGAAGGGGUUGAUGAUGAUGAUGAUGAUGAUGAUGAUUAUAAUGAUGAUGAUGACGAUUUUGUAGGUAGAAACUCAUCCAAGCAAUAUCUGAAGAUAGAACAAAGCUCGCAGAAUCAAGAGAAAAAAUCGAAGGCGAAGGAACAAACUAAUGAUCGAACUCAUUCGACUGCGGACAAUAGGCAGAGAUGUUCGGCAGACGAAAGUGCUCCGAUGAUAACCAAGGAAACGUCGGUCGCUUUCGGCAAUGGUCGUGUCUUGUCCAAUCCCACGUUAGAGAGUCUAAUUUCGAGUUUUACACCACCUCCCCUACGAAAGUUUUUGAACGAACCUCAGUCGUUGGCUGAGUACCAUAAACAAGAAUUCCGAAAGAAGUUUCAAGGAAACGAACAUUAUCUUCGCAGGCAUCUUUAUCGUGAAAACAUGGAAAGGAAAUUAUCCUCCGCCAAACGUCGGCGCCUGUUAGUGAGGACUGAAGAUAACGAAUACUCCCAAAAAAGAGAUGAAGACAGGUUCCAUGUCAAAGAAGAGAACGGUGAUUUUAUAAACUGUUUCCAAGAGAAUUAUAUCCUUGAUCUGCAUAAACGUAACACCAUUCUGCCAACAUUUCCAGAAAGUGAAAUUUUGAGGAACCCAAUUAAGAGUACAUUUGGUCAAUAUAACUUGCGGGAUGGACAUUUUCCAUUAAAUGUGUCAGCUUUUAAAAGUUAUGCUAAUAUCAGGAGCUCAAUAGGACCAAAAGAACUUUCAAAUAACAACAAGGUGUCGGCCGAAAACGGAAACGAAGGUCUACGGCGCGGCAGUGAGGUAUAUUUGCCACGUGAAGCAGAUCGCGAAUGCACUUGUAAAAGCCACAACGACACACAAGACAUUUCAAAGCAAAGAAAAAUCACUGCUGUGACCGAUGAGGCGAUGACAACUGAAGAGAACGAGGAAAACAACACGGUGUCACUCAGGGAACGGCUGGAUCAAACAAGUCACAUGCCAGACUACCAAAAGAGUAGACAAGGUUCAAUACUUAAUAACUACACUCGACUAGGAUCCUGCUUUAUUCAUCAGAGAAUGCAGCCAGCUGACAAUGCACAUCUUCGGCAUCGAAUGCAAUGCCAAUGCUAUUCGUCUCCAGUUCCACGCGAGUCAAUUGACAAUGCCGCUAUGCGCUUUUAUGAACCCGCGUUCUUCGUCGAUCAGAGGUACGGCUUCUCCAAUUAUCCGCACAUGUUCCCGUUCUUUGCGCACCACACCAGCAGUCUGCCUCGGGCUCCCCAGCGAAACCAAGGUUUCACGUGCGAUUACUGUGGGAAGGUGUACUGCAGGAAGUAUGUACUGAAAAUCCACAUGCGCACGCAUACGGGUUUCAAACCUUUACGAUGUAAAGUGUGCGACAAGUCGUUCAGUGAUCCAAGUAAUAUGAAAAAACACGUGAAACUGCACGAGACGGAGGACACUGUGCACAAAUGUAGAUAUUGUGGUAGGAACUUUGUAAGGUAUAGAGGUCUGUUGAAUCAUAUCAAAUCAAAGCAUUCCGAACAACUUUCUCUUUAACCGUAUGAAUAAAGAAGCAAUCAGCACGAUUGGUCUAGAGGGUCACAUGAACUGAUACGCCUCUACAAAAUUUGGGGAACAUCAGGUAAUAUUUCUUUGGUGAUAUUCCCCAAUUCCCAGACUUAAUGUCUCGCACGAUAACAAAUCUCCGCUUAAAUAUUAAUUCAAGAUAGUAGAGGGUUUUGCUGUUGUUACAAAAUGAGACACAUUUCGAAGAAUAUUUAAGUAUAAGUAGGUAGCCCAUGCAGUAAAAUUUCUGACGCUGAGGUAUUAGUAAACGUUUUAUUACACGUGCGUCAAAAUUAUUUAAAGGAUUAUACAAACAAAAGCUUACUCUUCCUAGAGCUCCGCUCACAGAAAAUCGGUUUUAGCUUCGUGGAACAGACGCUGUUGGCUGAUGAGAAUAUGAGCAAAUGUUACAGUCUUUUAACAACAUUAGUUGAUUAACGAGCGAGUAGAUGAUGAGAUUAGACAGCCAGGCCCACGGUAAACCUCUCCUCGACUAGUACCUCGUUUCAAUUCUUCCCGCGCGCCACGGGUGAAGAAACGCGCGUCCUGCGGUGCCAACAACGAGGACACACUCGCAAACUAAGACAUGCGGCAUUUCAGUUUAGACCCCCUGGGUGUCAAAGUACUUUUUAUUGUAUCUUAAUACACAUUUGUCAAGUAUUUGAGGCAUCUUUAGUGCUGUAUACAGACUAAAUAAAACGAGGUGAAAUUGAUAUCGCAUUAAAAUCCAUUUCUCUAUCAUCAGAGAGUCGUAACAAAGCAUACUGAGAUGAUUCGAGUGCUUACCAGAGAAACGACGAAGAAAAGAGAGGUUUUGUUCCUAAAAACAUUAAUGGCACUCUUCGAGAGUUCCUUGCUUCUAAACUUGAUUAUCAUAGGUCAGUGCAGUCUAGUAAAUAA